ACUAAAUUCAGUCACUGCCCUCCUCCUUUCUCCAUCAGCAAACAUCCUAACAAUAAAUACCCACAAAUCCUAAAUCUUCAUAACCUUUAAGUUAACUAAGUUAUCUUUCAAUGGCUUUGGCACGAUUGGCGUUGAAGAAGUUGCACCAGAGCCAAAGGGUGCUUUCUCCACCACCUUUUUCUGCUGCUUCUUCUCUUCUAGGUCACGGUGUUGGUGAGAGGACAGUUGGAGAGUGCAGAGGCAAAGUUGGCAAUGAGAUUGCGAAGAGGUUUUCCACGGCAGCUAACGACAAGGCAUCCGAUGAGAAAUCGGAGAACAAAGAUGUCGCUGUGUCUCAGGGCAAAAGGUCGAGGUUGUUCCCUAGAAGGCAACGCAGAAGAGGGGGCCUUUGGAGGGAUAAUGACAGAGACUUCGCCCCUUCGCUUUAUGAAUUCUUCCCCUCAGGCCUUGGAAAUGCACUUGUACAAGCAACUGAGAACAUAAACAGGCUGCUUGACAACCUAAACAUAUCACCAUGGUCGCUGUCCGGGCGUGUCAAAGAGCAAAAAGAUAGCUACAAACUGCAGUAUGAUGUGCCAGGGCUUGCCAAGGAGCACGUGAAGAUCAUUGUUCAUGACGGGUUUCUGGAAAUCAAGGGAGAGCACAAAGACGAGGACGAGGAAGGGUCGGAUGAUGAGUAUUGGUCAUCAAGGAGCUAUGGUUACUAUAACACAACUCUCAGUUUGCCUGAUGAUGCCAAAGUUGAUGAUAUAAAGGCAGAGUUGAAGGAUGGGGUACUGAGCAUAACCAUUCCUAAAACUGAGAAGCCUAAGAAGGAGGUGAAGGAGGUCAAUAUAAAUUGACGGGGAAUCUGAUCGAUCGAAAAUGAUAUAUUUGUGUAUGUGUGUGGUUAUGUAUUUGUUCAUGUUGAGAUGACCGUCCAUCUUGUUGAAAGAUCUGUGUUUUAAGAUUAUGAAUAAACAUUUGCGUCGACUCUUAUAGUAGCCCUUCGAAUCAA